AUGUACAAUUGUAGACAACAUACAACGCUUUUCGCACAUACAAAGAAAAUUGAUAACUUACUCUAUCAAGAAGCACUUGGGAAAUCUCCGAGUAGUCAUCAUCAUUAUGUAAAAGAAGAAAGGAGAAAAUUAGACCAUGCAAAUUAUCGAGGUGUUACUUUGUUCUUUAUUGCUGGUAAGAUCCUUGCAAAAAUACUCCUGGACAAAUUAGCACUUGGUAUCGCAGAAGAAGUACCUGGAAGCCAAUGUGGCCAAUGUGUUUUUAUACAGCAGGGAGUCAUAAAUAUUGCCAUACUAAAGAGGAUCCAGUCGUGUUGGGCUAGGCAUGUUUCCAGGAACGAGGAUUAUCGCUUUCCUAAAGUUAUGCUCUGUGACGCAUUGGCCACCGGCUUCCGCAACAAAAGCGCUCCAGACAGGCGUUAUAUUAAACAUCCUAAAACAAUAUCUUGGCUUUGGCCACAUUGA